GGGACACAGAUUCGAGCCCUGGUCCGGGAGGAUCCCACAUGCCGCGGAGCAACUAAGCCCGUGCGCCACAACUACUGAGCCCGUGCACCACAACUACUGAGCCUGCGUGCCACAACUGCUGAGGCCCAUGUGCCUAGAUCCUGUGCUCUGCAACAAGAGAAGCCACCGCAAUGAGAAGCCCACACACUGCAACAAAGAGCAGCCCCUGCUCACAACUAGAGAAAGCCUGUACACGGCAACGAAGACUCAACACAGCCAAAAAUAAAUAAAUAAAAUUAAAAACAUUAAAAAAAAGAAAAAGAGAUGAGGUUUAAAAAAAAAAAAGAAGUUAGGUUGUGGACAAAUACAAGGAAACAGUGCCUCCCUUAACUGGAGGGGCUCAGCAAUAAACCAGUGGUCACUUUGCCUCGUUUGUUGCCUUUGGAGCCAUCACCCCAACUGGAAUCGCCUCGUGCACGUUUCGUGUGUGUCAUUUUUCCUUCCGAGUAUAAGCUCUGGAAGAGGUAGCAGAGACCUCAGGCACCUUGCUCACUGCUGUAUGCCCAGGGCCUGUCCUGGUGCCAGCCUGUGUCUCCACCUUCAGGACCUGACUUCAGCCCUGACUCGGAAGAUCACGCUGAAGACGCCACUCAUCUCCUCCCCCAUGGACACUGUGACAGAGGCUGACAUGGCCAUCGCCAUGGCUCUGAUGGGCGGUAUCGGUUUCAUUCACCACAACUGCACUCCAGAGUUCCAGGCCAACGAGGUGCGAAAGGUCAAGAAGUUUGAACAGGGCUUCAUCACGGACCCUGUGGUGCUGAGCCCCUCGCACACCGUGGGUGACGUGCUAGAGGCCAAGAUCCGGCAUGGCUUCUCUGGCAUCCCCAUCACUGAGACGGGCACCAUGGGCAGCAAGCUGGUGGGCAUUGUCACCUCCCGAGACAUCGACUUCCUCGCCGAGAAGGACCACACCACCCUCCUCAGUGAGGUGAUGACACCGCGGAAUGAGCUGGUGGUGGCUCCAGCGGGUGUGACAUUGAAAGAGGCAAACGAGAUCCUGCAGCGUAGCAAGAAAGGGAAGCUGCCCAUUGUCAAUGAUCGAGAUGAGUUAGUGGCCAUCAUUGCCCGCACUGACCUGAAGAAGAACCGGGACUACCCUCUGGCCUCCAAGGAUUCCCACAAGCAGCUGCUGUGCGGGGCGGCCGUGGGCACCCGUGAGGAUGACAAAUACCGCCUGGACCUGCUCACCCAGGCGGGCGCCGACGUCAUAGUGCUGGACUCAUCCCAAGGGAACUCUGUGUAUCAGAUCGCCAUGGUGCACUACAUCAAGCAGAAGUACCCCCGCCUCCAGGUGAUUGGGGGGAAUGUGGUGACAGCAGCUCAGGCCAAGAACCUGAUUGAUGCUGGUGUGGACGGGCUACGUGUGGGCAUGGGCUGCGGCUCCAUCUGCAUCACCCAGGAAGUGAUGGCCUGUGGUCGGCCCCAGGGCACUGCCGUGUACAAGGUGGCUGAGUACGCCCGGCGCUUCGGGGUGCCAGUCAUAGCCGAUGGUGGCAUCCAGACCGUGGGGCAUGUGGUCAAGGCCCUGGCCCUUGGUGCCUCCACAGUGAUGAUGGGCUCCCUGCUCGCUGCCACCACGGAGGCCCCCGGCGAGUACUUCUUCUCGGAUGGCGUGAGGCUCAAGAAGUACCGGGGCAUGGGCUCGCUGGACGCCAUGGAGAAGUGCAGCGGCAGCCAGAAGCGCUACUUCAGCGAGGGAGAUAAGGUGAAGAUCGCGCAGGGUGUCUCGGGCUCCAUCCAGGACAAAGGCUCCAUUCAGAAGUUCGUGCCCUACCUCAUAGCGGGCAUCCAGCAUGGCUGCCAGGAUAUCGGUGCCCGUAGCCUGUCUGUCCUGCGGUCCAUGAUGUACUCAGGAGAGCUCAAGUUUGAGAAGCGGACCAUGUCAGCUCAGAUCGAGGGUGGUGUCCACGGCCUGCACUCCUAUACCUUUCUGCCGUUCCACCAGCUGCGGCUGUGGCCAGAAGGAGCAUGGCUGUCCCUGGGCCUGGCAUGGUUCUUCCGGGAGCCUUGGCCUGAGGCGGACAGAGGCACGUGGCCUGCUUCUCAUUCCCUCCCGCCCCCUGUGGCUGACAGGCAGAGGCUUCUGCAGCUCACUGCCUCUCCUGAGUCUGGGGGCCACCCGGCGGCCCAGGGCUGGCCUGGGCAAGGGGGUCUGGGGUGGUGAGGCCACCUUCCCGCAUACCCACUCUCAGUUUCCCUCUUGCCUUGUGCCCACAGUUAUGAGAAGCGGCUGUACUGAGGAUGGUGGUGGAGGCCCAGGCGGCGGAGGGGUCAUGCCCCAGGGUCCCCCUUUGGGUACAGCCUCCCUCCAUAACUGAGUGGUCCACAGAUUUGCACUACUGGUUCCCCAGCUCCUUUCCAGGGAGAGAGGAGGGGGGGCCCUGAGGGUCUGCGGCCCCUCCCUGGGCUUCCCCCACAGAGUCAGGACUGCUCCCAGGCCGGGCUGCCCUGGGAGCCCCCCGGGUUCCCCCUUCUUCAGUCCCCCUGAGCCCAGCCAGCCUGGGCUCUCAGGCCCUGCGCCUGCCUCAGGUCUUUCUUGCUGCAGCCUGCUCCGGCCCGGCUCCCACCCCUGGGACACGUGGCCCCUCCUGGCUUCUCCUGUAGGGCACCUCCCUCCCUAACCCCCACCCCAGAAUCGGUGCUCUCCUGGCCCUGCCUCUGGCCCCUUCCUGGGCUGCUGCCCCCUCAGCCAUGUGGCACUUCUGGGCUCCUGACCUAGGCCAGAGGGAGGUCUCUGCCCCCUACCCCUGGCCCUGGCCCUGGGGAGGAGGCGGCCCGUCGUUCCUGGCUCGCCCCCACCCCCAGGUGGACCGUCCCUGCCCUCUCCUCUCAGCUGUGGACUAUCCGGGCCCUGCUCCUCAGGCCGCCCCGUCCCUGGCCCUGGGGAGGAGGCGGCCCGUCGUUCCUGGCUCGCCCCCACCCCCAGGUGGACCGUCCCUGCCCUCUCCUCUCAGCUGCAGUUGAAGGCUUUAAGUUUGCACACUUUGGGGUCACAGUUGCGUCAUUGUAUGUUAAAUAUUCUGAAUAAAUCAAGAGGUUUCAACGCCUCCGCCA